CUGGAAACGACACUUUGUGGGUUGAUGUUUUGGCUUGCGGGGUGAAAAAGUAUUGGCGUAAGUGGAAGGGGUGUAAACAUUUAAUCUGAGAAAUACCGAAGAUAUUCUAAUCAAGUCUUGUGAUAGGCUUUUUGGUCAUGAAUUGGUGCAUGUGAUAAUUAUAAGCGUGACGUUGUGAUUCGUUUUACGCUCGAAAAAGGCUUUCCUUUACCGGUGUCACACUGGCCUCAUUAGCUCGGUGCUUUUUACGUGAUUGAAAAUGAGAAACGUUUCUGUUAGUGAGCAGAUCUCACCUAAAUGGAAGUCUUUGAGGAGAAUCGAGGCGUUUGGAAAUUAUGAAGAUUUCUUUUAAUUGCAUAUGUAAACACUCUUAUCUGCGGACGACUUACCGGCGUUUUCAAGAUGGCGUCGCAGCCGGUUACAAAAUCACCCGAACCCGACCUCAACUUAGGAGACUACGGUGAUCUCCCUUUGCUUUUUCGGCACCUGAAACGAAUCCUCGUCGACAACACAGAAUAUUUCGAAAAAUACACAUCCAAGACAGUAUACAAGAGAUUUUACGAUAGCUUUAACUUGAUGCUGACAACCAUUGACGUGAUGAAAGAAAGCACCAUUUUACUUGCACGGACGGCUCCCUUGUAUGAUUACAGCGGCGAUGUUAAGGGAAAUGGAUAUCGGAGUUUGAUAAGACUUGUUGAACAGUGCAUCCGUUCUGUCACAGAGCUGGCCGCGUAUUGCCAAUCACAUCGAGAUAGGUUUUAUUUUCGUUCUCAUCACUAUAGCCUGGAAAUGGAGGCGUUUGCGAAUCUUUUUCACCGUACUUCAGAGUUAUUACAGUUUGCAAGAAUAGUCAUAGAGGACAGCGUCCCCGACAAUUUAUUCCCGGAGUGUUUUGACUCUAAAGUCAUGCUCGAAGUGGAGCAGUUGGAUAGAGAGUGCUUUUAUGGUAGAACUCUAGGAUUCCAGGUGAGUCGUGUUCAUGCUGUUACUACCCCUGCGGGGUACAUUGUAUAUAAAACCAGGACAAGCUCCGAGGAAAUUCCUGUGGAGGCUUCGUUGAACCUCUGUGUGGGUACCUGCAAAUGUCCAUUUCAUCACGCAUUUUCCGUGAAAUUGUCGCAUAUCAAGAAUUGCUUUACGUGGUAACAUUACUAGCAAGCUCAGUGCAACCUCAGCAACAACAGAAAUAAGAAAAUAAGAAAACAAAAACUCUGAAUGUACAAUACACUUUUUGGCAGGUUUCUUUGCAGUUGUUGCUUGGCUUACAUUGUCAAACUUGGCGAUCAUUGCUUUGAUCUCCAACAUCAUCUCUUUGAAAUUAUGAUGAUUUGGUCGUAACUUCAAUUUUGUUUAAAAAAAAAAACCAUACAGAGACUCUUAUUUGGUAUCCCUGCAUGAUGGAGUAUAAAUUUAUGACUUCCAAUCUAGAAUAGCCUACAUGGCGGGUAUUGAGAGUGGGGGCAUAUUAUGCGAGCUAUAGCCUGAUCAGUGGAUCUGGACCCAAAGGAUCACUUGCAUAAAUACUUCGGCCCCCACUCUGUAUUUCAGGCUUGCAGGCAAGAUUCAGUAACCGGUCAGGUUGCCCAAAAGUCAUCUUGUGUGAAGUUAUGUCACCUGAAACCAGAGUUAAGUUGCCCGAAAAACGGAUUCAUGUCACGCGAAUUUUAGCAGGUGAAGUGUGCGAAGAAGAAAAGCUAAUUUUUUUAAAUAAAGAGUGUGUGUUAAUAUAUCAUUCUUAAAACCAUAAUGGACAUAAUGAGAAGAAACAAGCGAUAUAACUGUAAAAUAUAUCUCACUCUUUAACUCACUCUUCAACCCUUGAAUAACAAGAAACAAGUGUGAUAAAUGAGUAAUAUGUCUCAUUCUAUAAUCUUCGAUGAGACAAAAGAAGCGCAGCAAAUGGUAAAAGGGAUGCUAGGAUAUUGUUGAGCAUGAUAAAAUUUUGAGCCACCGAACUCAGGAUUUUGGGUCACUGACUAAACAUUUUAGACGAUAUAACUCUGAUUUCAGGUAAAAUGACUUUUUAAAAUUUUUUUAAUUUCAUUUUUUAUUUUUUGGGGAAAAUGACUUUGGGGCGACUUGACCAUAAACCCUAGAUUCAGAAGGCAUGAUAGUACUCUUGUCCAAUAGCACAGAGCUUGUGGAGAGAUCCAUCAGUUUAGGGUGUUUUAAUAAAAAGUUACCCAAUGGGCGGGCAACAAUUUUAGAGAUAAGUGAAAAGGAGGGUUGAAAAACCUUCACCACUGCUUGGUGAUAGGCGUGAAUAUAAAAGAAAACAAAGUCAUUGUGCUAAACACAGUGUUUUGCCAAAAUUUGACAGUAAGAACUUGUGAAACCCCAAAAUUCUUAAGCGUUGAUGUUUUUGAAGAUAAGAAUAAAACUUCAAGGUGUUUAAUGGAGCAUUUCCCUGGUUUUUGUAGUGGAGUAACUUCUCCUAAAACCAAUGUUUACAACUUCAGAGGAAAACAAGACCAUUUUGUGAACCGAUCGGGAUUUCCUCUUGAGGAGAAUUUCACCAAAAAUGAAAGUUAAAUAAUUGGCUAAUGAUGAUCUGUUACAUGUAUUUGAGGCUCUGCCAUACAUCUCUCUUUGAUGUUGUUCCAACUCCUGAUGGCAGUGCACUAUCCUACAGGCAAAAAUAUGAGUUACUGAGUAAAUUGUCCACUGAAGGAGUCUGAGAAGGUGACUUUUUGAUCACCAGGGUCGGGUUGUUCAAAGCUGGGUUAAGAUAACCUAUGGUUAGUGCAAAAUUUUUAUUCAGAUAGGAAAGCUUAGAAAGCAAAUUCAGAUGAAACCUUUUUGUCUACACUUUUAUGAUUGGAUAAAGGAAAGAGAAAAUUAUUCAAGAAAAUGCUUUUGAACAAAAGAAAAAGACAACGGGAUUAACAUUUAACCCUGGGUUGGCACUUAUUGGUCUUCAAAACAACUGGGCACUGGCCUUUGUCACCCUCGGGAGUUGAUUUAGCUGGCUAACUUUAAAUUACUCACUUCUUUCUAGUUUUCUGUUGGCUUGCGAAAUUUCCUAUAUAUGGUCUGUGUUGCCAUGGCAUCAUUUGCUGAGGGUUAUCAUAAACACAAAACAAGCAGUGUGGCACUUGCUGCAAUAUCCUUCCUGAACAGUGGCAAGUACACAGUGAAUCCUGAGAUGAGAGCAAAGCAGAUAGUGGAUGUUACGCAGAAGACCAACAUGGAUUUUUGCAAAGCUUUUUGGAGUUUAACUGAGGGUUUUGGAAUCCAGGUUAGUCAUUAGACCUUUUAAGAAAAAUCUUAAGAAUACAGAGCAAUGGGGUAUGGCAAGGGGGCAGGUCUUUGGUUGCCUAUGUAAGGUGCAAAGAAAGUCAGUUUUACAGCUUGCCAUUCAGGCAUGCUGUAGCUAGUAUGUACUAGCUCGAGAGUCAUUUAAGCUUGCCCCCAAAACGUUUUUUGAUGAGCAGGAUUGAUUACAAUUCUUCUGUAAUUUGAAUUCCCAAAAACCUUCUAUUGCCUGUUGGGCAAGUUAAGAGCUGAAUAAAUUAUUCACUAGCGCGAUAGCAAAAUCCAAUAAUCCUGGGCCAUCAGACACAACUGUCUUUGUAGACUGCUAUCAUGAAUACUCUCUUGGUUAAAAAAACUUAGUCUAUACAAUGGCCAUCUUAGAAUCAGAGAUAUGUGGCCAUGGCAGAGAGGUAGUAUGUGGAUAUAACCUUUGUGAUGGACUCUAGAGAUCGCCAAAGAUAAGGGCAAGCGGUUAAGGACAAAUCUAAUAAACACUGAAGGCAAAAAGAAGCAACCUUGCUGUUAAUGAACCCCCCUAUAUACUCUCAGAGACUUCUUGUGUCCAAUUGUGCUGAAAUUCUUUUAUUAUGUUUUAGCAUGUUCCCUUGUUGGUUUCUUCAGCUAUGAAGGUGAACAGGGUAUUCUUUAUCCCGCCUGAGCCAUUUGAACUCAAACAGGCCAGUGGUGAGACAGUAACUAUUGCCCCACCCUGUUCAUGGUCAGGUCUGGCACCAGUUCAAGUGCGCCUGUUGUCAUCUGAGUGGCGGAAGGGUCAGGUACAGUAUGAUCUUAAUUUUAUUUUAAUCUCUUUCAUGGGCUUUUUAACAGCAGCAGGAAGUUAAGUGUGCCAUUUUAGAGGCUGCCUCUGUCUAUAAGGCCAUGCAACAAAACAGAAAGCUUUCCGUACUUAAAGAACCUCUUUGCAUCUGUGAUUUUGAGGUCAUCUAAGGGAACAGUCUUGUUAGUGAAGUUAGACAACUGGACAUCCUGUGAAAGUGAUUAUUAGGUUUUGUCAUAUUUUAAGUUGCUAAAUGAAUACUAGUACAUUUACAUUUUAAGUUAUAAAUAUUGAUGAAAGUACUUUAUGGAUAUUGUUUAUAUUUUCCAGAGUAAGGAUGGUACCACACACCAUGGACAAUCACCAAAACCAAAAAGUGAUGGUCUGUUGGUUCAUGUUCAUGGCGGCGGGUUUGUGGCCCAGUCAUCUAAAUCACAUGAGGUACAACACGUGCUAUAUUAAUCAAUGGUUCACACAGGCCUUUAAAAGUCCUUGAGAAAACACUUGGUCCCUGGAUGUCCUUGAAAACUCAAUACUUUUAACCCCAAAAGCCUUUGAAACUUAAUGAAGCCGCUGUAAAUAAAUUACACAGUGUUAAACCCUUCAGGUCUUAAUAGUGACCAACAUCAAUUUUCUCCUCACAACAUCAGCAGAUCAACAAGAGUAAAGGUUAUGAGAAUUACUAAAUUGAUUACCAAAGGGAGAAUGCUUUGAUCGUAAACCAAAUUCUCUCAACUAUUCUUAAAAGAAAUGUAUGGAGAUCAGUCUGGAGAAUUUGUUUGUGGAUCUUGGGGCUUUUAAAAGGGUUCAAACAGCCUUUCAUGGCCCUUCUCAGCCCUUCUUGGAGAGCUAAAUCCUACCCACAUUUCUGUAAUGAUUUGGGUGUUGACAAAAAAAUGGAUGCAAUCUGUUUCUUAAUAUUUUUCCCAUUGCGUUUGUCAUUACAGUGUACAUCACAGUUUAGAAGUUAUUUAAACUUAUGAUUGCACGAAAACCAAUAUAUCUAGGAAAAUGCAAAUUUGUUCUAAAAAAACUUGAAAUACCCGUACAUGUAUGUGAUCAGUGGUAUCCUAUUUUAUAAAGAAUGAAUGUUGGCCAAUACAAGUUCCAAAAUUAACUUAACAUCAAUGGUAACUUGAUAAAAGUUUUUGGUUGUCAAAUAGCAAAAAUAGUUGCAAAAUUUUAUUUUUUAACAAUAAGACAUGAAAAAAUUGAAUGCUUUGGACAUUAAUUUUUAUGUUCAUUUUCCUUAACUAUUAUCCUUAGCUAGUUUACAAAGAAGCUACAAUGUUGGCAGGAUGGCACAUAAGUUGAGUUUUAGCCAAAAACAAAUACGAUCUGAUCCUCCAAUGACUGUUUCAAAUACUGGACUGGAAACUUAUCCUACUGGCGACUUGACUAGCCCUGUAAUUCAUGUUGCUAUCUCUCAAUUUGUAGGCACAUUGACAAUCCACCACUUAGCCUGCAUGGCAGGCAUUCAAAGAUGAGCUGAAAGGGGAUUUUGGGCGUGGGAGAAAUGCCAGGGGUGCACGAGGAAGGAGGGACCUCCUUGCGCUCUGCUUGCAUUUCUCUUGUGCCAACAUCUGCCAUGCAAGCUACCAGCCGCUCGCAGUUGUGGACCCUGCAAUAUACAGAGUGUUUUUAUCUUUCAGAUGUAUCUUCGAUCCUGGGCCAAAGAACUGAGUGUGCCUAUCUUAUCUAUAGAUUAUUCACUCGCCCCUGAGGCGCCCUUCCCUCGGGCGUUGGAGGAGUGCUUCUUUGUUUAUGCUUGGUGUUUGAACAACUUCCAUCACCUUGGCACUAAUGGCAAGCGAGUAUGUGUAGCUGGAGAUUCUGCAGGUAGGACCAUUUGUUCCAGAGUUUAUCAUCACAGGGUUCAUAGAGUAACAUAUAUGUUCCCUUUUCAGUCCACUGGCCUUUGCAAAUCUCAUGUUGUUAGCUUCAGUUUUGCAAAGGGCAACAGUGAAUUGUAACCAUCUUCCACUUUUGUGGCAUUUAUUAACUGGUGGUAUGGCUACCAUGUUUGAAAUUGUAAAAACCGUAAUGGCUGCCCAAAUGUAGCUUGUGAAGAAAUUACUUUGUGAGUCGUACAAGAUUAAAACUCCAAAAGCACGUAGUCUUUUAGCUGGCUCAAGCACCAUUUUUUCUGUUUGUGUUCACUUGCAAUAAGUAGUGUCUUUUCUCAACACUGGUGCAAUGAGCCACAAAAAGUUUAGUGUAGGACGCUGACCUUGAGAGUCUGAAUGGGGUUUGCUGUUCAUUCAGUGUUAUUUGCCCUUUUUGUUUACCUUCUUGUUUUAGCUACAAAUGAUAUUAUCAAUUUAAAAUGUUAGAAAAAACUUAGCAUUUAAGUGUCUGGAAUUAAUAUUGUUGAAGUAAUGUGGGUAGCCUUGUCCUAAUCUUGAUUGCAUGAUCUUUGCCUAUCCCUUAGGUGGUAACUUGUCUGUAUCAUUGAGCUUGCGUGCAGCGGAAUAUGGCAUUCGAGUUCCCGACUCCAUUCUUGCUGCAUACUCACCAUUCAAUGUGCAGUGGGUACCUUCACCAUCUCGUCUCCUUAGCCUCAUGGACCCACUAUUACCCACCGGAGUACUUGGUGCAUGCUUAGCGGCCUACUCUGGCAUGGGAAAGUCACCAUUUGAUGACUGCACCAAGAAUUCGAUCAAAUCUCUAACUGGCAAGAGUAGUGAGCCUGUGAAUAUAUCUGAUAAAAGAAAGAAGACAAACUCCCUGUUACGUCUCCUCAGAGUGGGGUCUAGGGAUAGCAAGCACAGGGAAAACAGUUUUUUGGAAGCAAGCCCACAGGCAAGCGGCGAGAGUUUCCACAGCUGUUUAAGCUCACCACAGUCUAUAACUCGAAACAGUGAGAUCAUGUUUGAUCCAAAUGAAACUUCUGUUUGUCAUAGUAGCCCUAAGCACUUGCCGCAGUGUAAUGGAAUUCUGCAUUGUCAGGAGAAUUUCAACUCUGAAAUGCCCGAACACAAUGAAGACAGAGAGCAUGGUGGGGACAGUUCCUCUACUUCAUCGGAGCAUUCACAACAUCCACAGUCAAGAAAACACUCACAUGACAGUAUACCAAGCCAAUCAUUAAGCCCUCAGAGGAGUAAACAUGGCCGAGGGGAUGACUCAGAGCACAUAGCAGUGCACUACCAUAGUGACAUAGAGGAGUGCCAUGUGGUAAAUGUUGUAGAGUCAUCAGGUAGCCCCAGCAAAGAGCUCCUACUUUUUCCUGUGGAUGUACCUGAAGAUGAGCCCUACCUGGAGGUGGGGACACCACAGGAGGGGGACCAGGGAAAUGUUGUAGAGUCAUCAGGUAGCCCCAGCAAAGAGCUCCUACUUUUUCCUGUGGAUGUACCUGAAGAUGAGCCCUACCUGGAGGUGGGGACACCACCGGAGGGGGACCAGGGAGUGGAACACACAGAAGAUACUCAUGAUAGGACCACAUCUAUGUCCCAAGUGUCUUUGCCUAUUGCUAAGAAUCCUUAUAUGUCUCCUCUUCUGGCGUCUGAUGAAAUGCUGAGAAGUUUGCCUCCAAUUGAUUUAGUGGUAUGUUUCUUCGAUUUUACUGUGCCAUUGUGAUCGCCCCUUAGUCUUAGCAGCCACUUGUCCAAUCUUUAAUGAUGGACACUUAAGCCCCAAUAUCCACACAAAAAAACCAUACAGACCUAUUUCCAUGAGAGAAUUUGUUUAAGAUCAAAGCAUUUUCCCUAAGGGAUCAUUCCAUAGACCAAUUCGGCUAACUCAAUGUUGUACCCAAUUCAGAUCUCUCGGGGUUAAGAUUCUUUGUGCACUGUAUUUGGAUUAUAAGGUGGCAUUCACAUUUAAAUGAUAUGGAAAUUCCUGAAACAAAAAGUUUUAUUCCCAAUGGGUUUGAAUUGGGUACAACAUUGAGUUAGCCAAAUUGGUCUAUUCCACCUUUUCUUUUCAUAUGUAUUAAUGUUAUUAGGAGAACAUUGAUGUUGGUCACUCUUGAAACUCAAGAGUUAAUAGUCAGAGGUUUGACUGUAUUUUUUUCCACUACAGGCGUGUUCAUUGGAUCCCAUCUUGGAUGACUCAGUUGAGUUUGCACGAAGGCUUCGCUCCUUGGAAAAGGAUGUGGAACUUUACAUCUUAGAAGAUUUACCUCAUGGAUUUCUGAGCUUUCAUCUUGUCAGCCAAGAUUCUAGGGAGGGAAAUGAACUAUGUAUCGUCUGCUUAAAGAGAAGUUUAUCUGGAAAGCGAAAAGGAACUGUGGAAAAGCCCCCAGUGUACUAAGUGUUUAAGGUAAUGGUAAACUGCAUCAAAGGGCUUUUGCCUGGUAAAACACGUUGUCUUUAGUUAUUUUUCUUAAGGAGAAUCGCAGGACAUUCCAGAAUUAUAAGGAAAACAUUCUCCCACACUUGGAGUUUAAUGUAUGCAGGUCAAAGCAGCCACACUCAAGUUUGUUUCAUUCAGUUCUAGCAAUGCACAGAGCAUCUUUUUCGCAACAAAUGUUAUGGCUGCUCUUUUGAUUGGCUGCAUUAUCAUGAGGCUAAGAAACCGAAAACCUUCAUGUACAAGCAGUAAUCUUGGAAAGAAGCAGCCACUCUCUCUGACAGGCACUUUUAUUUUUUCCUGAGGUUUAAGGCUGCAUUCACUCACCAACAGACAUGCAAUUUCAUAAUUUUUUUGGAGGGGGGAGUUCAAGGCCUUAUCCCAUAGGAAGAAGGCUCGUUAUAACUGUAGUAAAAAGAAGGGGCACUUUCCAUUCAAGCAAAACAUCUGGUUUAAAUUUUCUGCAACUUCCAGUAGCGAACAGAACAGUAUUUUCCAAAAUUUCUGACAAAGAGGACAACCUUGUGAGGUAUACCAAAAUUUUCAAAAUUUUUUUUUCUUGGAAGUUUUCUUUCCACUCAGCUUGGCUCCCAGAAUUUCUAACCGUUUUAGUUGAAUGGUUCACAUUUCGGAAAUUCAACAGUUUUUGCAAUUUCUGGAAAUUUUCUGUACUAUUUGUUGCUGUUUCCAAAUUUUUGAAAGUUUUGAUUGAAUGUAAAGCACCAUAAGUGUUAAAAAUUAUUUGAGCAAAAUCCUGUAAGGUGGGAUUCAAAACAUGCAGUUGUAAGCCAGGGGAGAAAGACAACUAAAUAAUAAUGAAAGAGGCAAAGUACAUGUAGUUUAGGAUCAGAGAGGACAGCAGCUUUUGACAGGUAUUCUUGUUUCACCUUUACAGCCAAAAGCACUUUCAUGAAUGGAUUAAAGCAGUCCCCCAUGGUAAAUUUCACAAGCUACUUAGGCUAAUAGCAAAGUUAUUUGCGUUAGCAUGGACAUUUUACACAAUUUUCUUAACCUCCAAGACUGGGAGUUGUACAUUUCAUACCAAAUGUCCUUCUUAAUCUGGCACUGCUUAUCCUUGAAAGUCCUACAAGAUUUCAUGUUUUUUGAGGAAUAUUAUAGCAAUGAGCAAUGACAUGCUUGAGCAAUGAGCAAUGACCAUGAGUUUCAGAAGAUCUAGAAUAAUGAAUUUUGCAUAUCAGUACCCCUUGCAGGCAAGGAUUGCUUCACUGACUUAUACAGUGAAAUUUUAGCAUCAAUUUUUCAAACCUUAUUUUGUAUUCUGCACACUGUUGUUAGAAAUAUUUUUCCCCCGUUAAUGCAAUACUAUCAAAUUUUGGGGUGAGAGGUGGUAUUUUUUCUAUGGAUUUAUCUUUGGGUUGCUACUGUACAAAUUUGGGUCAAGUACACUUUUAUUUAAUGAUACAAAGUGAAUGUAAACAAGUAUGCGAAGUUUUUGUGUUUGAAAUGCUGAAAUGACUUUAUUAAUUUAAUGCUUAAUGGAACUAUACAUUGCAAAC